AUAUAUAUUAUAUGAUAUUAAUUUAAAGUUUAUCAGAGCGGGUGUAAUAGCGGGAUUCAUUUCCGGUGCCGCAGUGACGUGUAUAAUGUGCGACGGCUGCUGUCUGGUUCGUCUCCCUGGUCCCGGCUCCCGGUCUUGGUGUCUGUCAGGAUGGGGACUCCGAUAAAGGAUGUAGUGAUUAAACCUGAUGCUCCAAACACACUCCUUCUGGAGAAACACGCAGAUUACAUCGCUGUGUACGGCUCCAAAAAAGACGACUAUGAGUACACCCUAUCAGAGUAUCUGAGGAUGAGUGGGAUAUAUUGGGGUGUGACAGUGAUGGAUCUGAUGAAUCAACUUCACCGCAUGAACCGAGACGAGAUCAUCAACUUUAUUACAUCAAGUCAGCACGAGUGUGGAGGCUUCAGCGCCAGCGUGGGACACGACCCCCACCUACUGUACACACUCAGUGCAGUACAGAUCCUGACCUUGUAUGACAGCAUUAAGGUGAUCAAUGUGGAUAAAGUGGUGGAGUACGUUCGGGGGCUGCAGCAGGAUGAUGGCUCGUUUGCAGGAGAUAAAUGGGGUGAGAUUGAUACGAGGUUCUCGUUCUGUGCCGUGGCCACACUCGCUCUGCUGGGCAGGUUGGAUGCGGUGGAUAUGGAUAAAUCGGUGCAGUUUGUUUUGUCCUGUAUGAACUUUGAUGGAGGUUUUGGCUGCAGACCCGGUUCUGAGUCUCACGCUGGACAGAUUUACUGCUGUACAGGUUUCCUCUCCAUCACAGGUCAGCUCCAUCAGGUAAACGCUGAUCUGUUGGGGUGGUGGCUGUGUGAGAGACAGCUUCCGUCUGGAGGUCUCAAUGGCCGACCUGAGAAGCUGCCGGAUGUGUGUUACUCAUGGUGGGUUCUGGCUGCACUGAAGAUCAUUGGAAGGAUUCAGUGGAUUGAUAAAGCUAAGCUCAGGACAUUUAUCCUGGCGUGUCAGGACGAGGAGACCGGAGGAUUCGCUGACCGACCUGGAGACAUGGUAGACCCGUUCCACACUCUGUUUGGUAUAGCUGGUCUCUCUCUACUGGGUUAUGAACAGAUUAAAGCAGUGAAUCCAGUCUUCUGCAUGCCAGAGGAUGUUCUACAGAGAAUCGGCCUCCACACGGACCUGCUCACCUAACACAAACAAACAAACACACACACACACACUGUCCAGUCGUGUCAGAUUUGCUGAGUGUGUUGUGGUGGAAGCCUGUAAAGCCAGUGUGUAGUAGCUUUGUGUAGUAGAUUUGUGUAGCUGUGGAAUCCUGUUCAGAGGUGAUGAGGGAAAUGUGCUGCAGAAAUUUCUGAUGCCUGGAAACAGUAAAGUUUGUUUCUAUACUGCUUUUAAUAGAUGUAUUUCUACAGCAGGGUUCAGGAGAAAUCUCACUGCAUUCACUCGAAUGGAUGAAGCUGCCUGGUGAAUAAAAUAAUAAUAAAAGAAAUCAUUUUUCAUUUAUUAUUACA